AUGCCUCCUGCGCCUGUUUACAUCGGCUUUGCCCAUAAAAGUUUGUGUUCCAAAGAUGGAAAGGAUAUUUUUUUAGCUGUCACCAAUGAAGCUUGGAAGAGAGGCGUGAACUUCAAUGUGUGGUCUUUCGAUGGGGAGUUCGCCUGUAUAUAUCGUUAUUUCUACCAAGACAAGCCAAGUACAUUCAUUCAGGAAGUGAAAGCCAUUAACAAGACUGCAACCAGUAUGGAAUAUAGACAUUUAUGUACAUCUAUUUCAGCAUACAUUUCGGGGAUAUUCAAGUUCGAACCUCCAAUUUCAGAGCACGACAUUGAGAGUGAGUGCACAUUGGACCAUCCAGAUGAGUACGAUGGUGAUGAUUUGUCGUCAUUGCCCAUCACACCUCAGCAAGGAAUUGUACACAUGGAUGUUGCUGAGAUGAGAGAAAUUAAACAGUUUGUUUUGCAGUUACGACAGAACCAGGCCAUAUGGCAAGUUCAGAAGGAGAAGACGCUACGAUGCCACACGAGGAAGAGGCCCAGAGCGACCCUGAAAGAGAUGUUUUGCAGGUUUCAAAUAUUUUGCAGACGGUACGGAUAUGAAGAAGUUCUUUCAUUGGCCAAGCACAAUGAAGAGGGGGGGGAAACAUUCACUCCUUGGGAGAUGGAGCGAAGAAUAGCUGAUGGACUAAAUGACUUUGAUGAACACAAGAUCCGCUUUAAAUUCGACGAAUGGUUAUCCAAUCCCGUCCUCUCUCCAAUUACGAACAAGUUGUUGUUUUUCUCGCCGUGCAUCAAUCACUUGUUGAAGAAUGUCAGGCAUUCCAUUGGAUCAGGGAAGUCUCAAUCGUCUUCUACGGAAGCCCAGAUAUGGCAUAAAGCUUACAGUGAUAUCGCCAAGAAGAAUCCUGCUUGGAUGACUCAGAUGGAAGUCGACGGGACCGCCGAUCCACAAUCGGUGGAUAUCAUGCUGAAGAUGUUCAGUGACAAGGCCAUCAGUCUACUAAAGGCAGAAGGACAUGAAGCGACAGCAAGAAUGGCAGAGGCUAUGUCUGGCCUGCACAAAGCAUUCGAUGAAAGAGGGCUGAAAGUUUCAGAGAGGAUACGUCUCGUUCAAGAGGGUCGAAGAUGGCUAUUGGAAGGCAUCGACUGGACCAGUGUCAGCCAAAAACAUGUCAAGGGACUAUCAUCUGUAACAUUUGAAGGCUUCAUAGUUGCAAUUGAUACUCAUCUGCAAGUACAACAGUAUGUGAGGGAUAAGAAUCAUGCGCUGGGUGAUAGAGACUAUGACUUCAAUUCACGAACUCUCUGGACGGAUAGUGUAGAGAAUCUGUGGUCCUUGAUCGGCCAUCUGAACAAGAAGGAUUUUCUGAGAAAAUUCAAUCAGGCAUGCAUAGAAUUAUCUAAAAAGGUGGAUCCAAACCUGCCUUUUGUAUACGAGCAUUCGAAGAAGCGAAUUGUCCUGAGCAAACCGCACGACCGUGAAGCUUUCAAUGCACGGGAUGGAUCUGAUAAUGACGUGGAGCCACACAAUAGUACGCAGAAGAACAAUCGAAAGCGAGUAUAUGCAAAAUCAGGGCAAUGGGAUGAAGGAUUAACAGGUAAUAUGCAACGGUUCCGGGGAUUGCGUAGCAUUGCUGGCUGCAAGUAG